AUGUGUCCGCUCAUCCGCCACUCCAUCGACCCGCUCUCAACCGGUCUGCCUAUCCUCGGUCAAUCCGUCCAUCCGUCCGUCCGCCCGUCAACUCAUCCAUCCGUCCGUCCGUCAAUCCUUUCAUCCGUCCGUCCGUCAAUCUGCCCAUCCGUUCUUCCCUCAACCCGUCCAUUCGUCUACCCGUCAGUCCGGUUGUGCGUCCGUCAAUCCGUCUGUCCAUCAAUGUGUCCAUCCAUCUGCCCAACCAAUCCGUCUAUCCGUCAAUCCAUCUGUCCAUCAGUGUGUCCAUCCGCAUCCACCUAUCCUCCAAUCUGUCUCACCGUUCGUCCAUCAAUUCAUUUCUCCAUCUGCCUUCCCGUUAUCCAUCAAUGCUUCCAUCCGCCUGUCCGCCAAUCCGUCCACCUGUCCGUUCGUUAUUUCGCCUAUCCGUCCGUCAAUGCAUCCAUUUGA